GGAACCUUUGUACAAACGCUUCACUGCGAAACCCGGAUUUGUUUAUUGGUGACACCUUGGGAACAGCUGUUUUGAUCGGCUAGUAGCUAACGUUGCUACAGCCUUACUGGCUAACUUAACAUUAAUCAAAUUAUAUUACUGUUUUCUGCCUUUAUUUCACGGUCACCAUGGAACCUGCCUGCAGUAAAGACAAGCCAAAGCUGAACUCUACCCCAACUAGAGGAGACAGAGCCAAGCAGAAAUCUGCACAGCAAGAGCUCAAACAACGACAGAGAGCAGAGAUUUAUGCCCUGAACAAGGUGAUGACAGAGUUGGAGCAGCAGCAGUUUGAGGCCUUUUGUAAACAGAUGCAGUCACAAGGAGAAUGAUUCCUGCCUGUUCUGCCUUCCUCUUUCAUCUGGACCAGGACCUGUCACCCUCCAAAAACACUAUGUAUGUACACUAUUACCAACACACAACCACACAUUUAUACUUACACUUAUGUUCAAUAAGACAAUCUUUAAUCUUGAUGUUUUACUGACUCAGAACUGAUUUAUUAUAUAUAUAUUAUUUUUGAUCUGAGCUUGCAUGCUUUUUUCUGUACUGUCAAAUUUCAAAUUUUCAUGUGUUGAGAUUUUGAAGUUAACCAGGUCAAACACAGAUUAUGAGCUGUAUAUUAACUCACUCAAGACGUACCAGUGUUAACAGCAGGGCAAAAGUUACCAAUGUUCUCAACUGGUCAGAGACCUACCAGUUAAAAGCACAAGUUUAUAACCAUUGGGAUAUGUAUAAAUGUAAAUAUAGCUGCAUUAAGUGAUUUUUGACCACUACAGACUCCACACAAGGAACUUCCAGUGUGCAAUGAGGCUUAAACAAUCAAGUUGAAUGCUACCUGCCCUCAUGUAGUUGUUAGUGAUGGGUGGAUGAAGCUUUCAAAAGCUUUGGGGUUUUCUUUCUUUUUGUGUGGGAAAAAAAAAAAGCUUUGGGGCUUUAAACUCAGUAAGCACAGUGAUAUCUGGUGGUUUCCUAAACUUAUAGCAGCCCUUCAAGACUCGAGCCAAAGCACUACAAUACCUCUCUGAUUUUAAAUUGUUUUAGUCUCAUAUGUAUGCAAGGAAAAAAAACAAGACGCCUGCGUGUUAUUAAUUAAAUCUGUAACACUCUUGUUCAGAGGUGCUGCAGUAAAUGCACAUAUUAUUGUGCAGUGCUACAGUAAAAAUUAAUAAAUGCAUUGUACAUUAUUGGUCUAGUUGGUGUCACUGUGAGCUCAUGUGCUUUAACUUCAUAGUUUUUUACCUUAUUAUUUGGAUCAGGUGGAAAUGUUCUCAUACUUAUGAUUAUGUCUUUGUAGUGUACAUCCCCAUAUUUCAAAGUUAUUCUCCAAUUUUAUUAUCCCACCAAUGUGUGUAUCACUUGAAUAUAUAUUGUUUAGCCGCCAAACUUUAAAAACAGAAGUUCUUUUUGAAGCAUCAGUGACGUUUGAAGCUUUGGACAUCAACAGUCACAUGGUAUUCUUCAUUUGAGCUCCGAUGCAAUAUAUUGAAACAGUACACAUCACAGUUGUUGGCUCUAUGAUCUAAUUGAUGCAAUGCUACAAAAUCUAACAUUGGCCAUGUUAAAGACAAAUAUUACACUAAACUGACAAAUACCAAUAACAUCAGAUACUGUUGAAAGACUGCAAUUUCACAGACACAGACAUUGAUUCUAAGUGGGGAUGGCAGAACAAGAGGUUAUUUUUCAGUGAUUCGUAAACAUUACUUAAUAUAGCUUUAAGAUAGACAGUGCCCUUAAUAUUAAUGGUGCUCACUUUUAACACUUUCUUGUGAAUGACAUUGUAUGCGGUACCAACUGGCCUGUACAAGAAUAAUAUUGCAUUCUAUUGUCACAUUCACAAGUUUUGCAAUCUAAACAACUUCUAUUUGUCUGACUGUAAAAUAUUUAUAUUAUUUAGAACUGUAUGUCAUCCACUUUCCCUUGAGCUAUACAGAUUUGAUUUAAUGAAAAUAAAAGUUGUUGUUUUCUAA